AUGCAAUUUGACUCAGGCGUUUCCCGUCAUGAGGGCCAGGGAGGGACGAAAGUGGCGAAGCGUUCUCCGCGGCGGCGUUCCGGGUUUCGCCGUGAACUGAUCUCAGCGAAGCUUACAACCAGGAACUUCGUGGCAGUGGACAGUGCGGAGAGAGCUUCUGAGGGGAGAGAUGGAUUUCAGGGGGAGCGCGAGAGCGCGCAGGCUGCUUCUGCCCACGAGGCGAGCCCCACUGCUGCCUCCGAAGGUUCAAAGCGGAGGUCACUUUACGCAAAAAUGUACGAUCGCCACGUCCAGAGGCGGUUGAUGAAGAGGAAACACAGUCUGGCGGUGCAGCACCGUCCCAUUGAGGGAGACAAGUUGAACCGCUGCCGAGACAGCCACGCUAAAGAAGACAGAACUGAAGCUGCGCCUUCGCGCAUUGCUGAAGAGACAGGUGGAAGCAACGGCCAGGCUCAUGUGGAUUCUGGGCAUGGUAGCGCCACGCGAAAUGCAGGAAACGCAGGAGGGAGUUCAGGAACCGUUGAGGAAGUCAGCGGGGCUAGAAGCGGUGAGCUGAGACACCGCAGGGAAGGAGAUUCCAGGGGUGAUGGUGUUGGAGCGAGCGCGCCGGGCGUCGCCGAAGGGGUCGUGCUGGAUAUACAGAGUUCUGCAGACCCGUGGCUGCGUGAUGCGGUAGCGGAUCCUUCGCGGUCUGGGUCCUUUGGGGGGACGGUUGUCCGGUGGGAUUUGGAAUCCGACGAGCCUUCGAAUCCGGAUCGUGAAUCGAGCACUUCGCAGAAUCUGUCGACUCCGGUUUGUCCCGAGGGCUCUGCCGGGCCGGAGGCCGGUGGCGGGGAGGCAGCGAAUUUUUCGCCUUCUCUUUCUAGGAUGGGCGACGGUGUGCAUGCCCCAAGUUUGAGCAGAAGUACUCGGAGUCGACCCGAGGACUCCUCGCAGCACGUGCAGGCGCCGAGUUCCGCCAUCCAACCGGAGAAGUGCCUGGGCGACCUAAGCAGCUUGGCUACCCCGGCGUCUUCGGAAAGUUUCGAGGACUUGACAAACGCUGCAGGGAUGUGCGAUGGCGGCCUACGAUUAGCCUUCACGAGGGAACAGUCUCUAUUUUUGGACCAAGUCACGAGUCCAGAGGGAGGCGUGUUGCGCGACGCUCCGGAGGACGCAGCUGUCGUCGGCGUUUUCUGCGAGAGAGCUUCUUCAACGUCUUCCGCUUCGUCGCUCAUGUGGAGCAGCUUCUCCGAGACUGAUAGCGAGGCGAGCAGCUGUGGAAGGACCGUCGACUCGAGAUGGAGGACCGACGGAAAUAAGCGUGACUCGCGGCGCCUUGCGCAUGCAGGGACGAAGGCGGGGGAGCUUUCUGAUGUUGCUGUGCGCCGACGUUCGAGGCGAGGGCUAAGUCAACGCCGGGCUAGGUCACGGGGGGAAGGGAGCUACUGCCAGCGGCAAGUGGAGGCUCUAAGACAGUACAUAUACAUGCGGGAGAUCGUGGAGCAUGGCACGUUACUCUUCAACGGGUCGCCGAUGGCCGGCAUUCGCUUUCUGCAGCAACAGAAGAUUCUCGAUGACGACAGCUUCGCCGUUGCGGCGUUUCUCCUAGCAACGGACGGUCUGGACAAGCGCCGGAUCGGCGACCUGCUCGGGGGACCAGAGCCGGCCUCCACGUCUGUUUUGAAUGCCUUCUGCAGCUUCAUGAACUUCGCGGGCAUGCCGGUGGACGAGGCCCUGCGGCACUUCCUCACUUUUUUCUUCAUGCCUGGCGAGUCGCAAAUCAUUCUCCGCAUCCUCGAAAGAUUCGCGGCAGCGUAUGUGCGCGACAACCCGACCGCGCCGCUGUCACUGGAACAGGUGCACAUUGUGGCGUACGCUUUGUUGAUUUUGAACACUUCGCUCCACCACCCUAGCCUCAAAACGAAAGACAAAAAGGUGCUUUUGCGCGCCGACUUCUUGAAGAUGGUCACUGGAGCAGGCAUCGCGCUGCCUGAAAACGAACUGGGUGAUAUGUACGCGCGGAUUCUCCUCAAGGAAUUCAAGACGUCCUUCUCUGCAUCCGAAAAAACGUACAAACGUCUGUUGGCGACCCAGAUCGACCUCGCCCACGCCUUUGCUUCGUCCUCUCUGCGGCAUCCGCCAGAUAUCGUGGAACCCUCUCGCCCCUUCCGAGCCAGCAGGAGCUUCGCCUCUGCCGCCCGCGAUGCCUUCAAUUCGAGGGACCCGUCGCCCUCUGGCUGUCCAUCGCAACCCUCGGGCGACUUCGGGACGCAAGACCGGCGUGCCGGCCGUAACACGGUCCGCAGCCAGACGGCCUGGCAAUCUAGUGAAAGGAAGCUUUCUGAUCCCGGAGAACGUUGCCAGGGUUUGUCCCCAGCCCGGGUUUGGCCUACAGCCCCACAAAAUCUUCUCAAGGACGGAAGAGGUUUCGGGAACCUCCACCGUGCAUUUCCGCGCUGCGCUCAGCUUACAGGAGGCAUGCUGAAUGCAGUUGUUGUUUCGCCAUGGCCAGUCGCUCAGUGUGCGCAGUGUGGUCGCCCAGCUGGCCUUCGGGCUGUCAGAGACUCCGGCUCCUUGCGCAGGAUGACAGCGCCCCCCUCCGGUUUCUCGGUUCGCGGAUCCGAGUCCAUAGGCUGCCGUUCCAAACGGCAUGUUCCAGGGUUCCGGGAAGACGCGAGGGAUAUCACCACGCACCAGGAAUCUUUCCGACACGUUGUGCACGGUGGUGCUGCCAGGGCGUGUCGUGGGGCGCAUGCAGGCGAUGGGCCUGCUCAGGUCAUAGACUACGGCUCUGGGCUAGACAGCGCAUGGCCACGGGACAAUCCAUGUCACGAAGUGUGGGGACGGCUUGAUGCCUCUUUAGACCAAGGUGGCUCGAGAGGUCCUGCUUGCGGGCCGGGCGAGCCGUGGGUGCCCACGAGCAGCUCUCGCAACUCGCUCACUGGCGGUGAGCGCCGAGAAGACUUAGAACAACUUAGCGAUGGGAGGGCUAGGCGAAGCGCUCCGACAACACCACUGAGGACUUCGGGUUGUAGGUCGCUUGAAAACAACGUGACCUGCGUGGAUGUGCCUUCGGUAGCCGCGUCCGUUCCAGUAGAUCGCUCCACGUAUCCGCUGCAUUCAGUCGGCACGUGUUUAGGGUCGUUGCGAAGGCCAGGGGAUCCGGCAGCCGCACAUUCUCGUGUUUGUAAAGCCGAUAUCUCAGGGCGGUUGUCCGAGUUUUGUAUGGCUAGCCACGAUGGGGCAGCGCUUCAGGGGCCAGGCAGCCAAUGCGGCACCCUUGGUUCCUUGGGUCUCCCCUCUCGUGACAGCGCGACAUUGUUGCGCCCGGCACUCAACUCCCGUCUCAUGUACACGUCGUCGCUAGAUCCGCCCCCUUUCUCCCUUUUCCCGGCACCCCCGGAAUGCGUUCUGACACCGCCUGUACCGCCGCUCGCCCUCAUUGUGGGUGGCUGGGCUGUUAAGGUCCGCGGCAUCAACACCGCAGAUGGGAAGGUUAAAGCCGUGGCGUAUUUGCGAGUUCACAAGCGGCAGUUCUGGGUCGAGGACGCAAAUCUCUGUUGGAGUCGCCGGCCGCGAACGCCCUUAGCCGUUUCGCAGGCAUCAUCUGGGGUGCCUCUAGGCGUCGCGGCUCCAGACGCAAAGCAAGGAUGGAAACGAACCGGAUCGGCGUUGAGGAACCGCAUGCGCUCGGGGGCAUCGCUGGAGUCACCGUCGGCGCCAGCGCCACAUAUCCUGGUGGGAGGUGGGGGGAACAAGAAUGAAGAAGGUGACGAGAGGGAACAGGAGACCUCCAUCAGAAGGCCACGCGGCGGUGGCUGCAGUGAGGACCUGGCUGCGGGUGGACUGCUUGUUACUGGCACGGACUUGGCAGGCAGGAAUGCGACUCUGAGAGCGCGUGCAGGUGCCGAACCGACGGGGCAGGGGCACUCUGAUGUGGCUUGCCGUGACGGUGGAGACGCGGCUUCUGGGAACCCGGAGAGGGGCGCCGGAGGUUCAGGGAGACAAGGAGUGGGGGUGGAACCAAAAACAACUGACUUGUGUCAGGAUGACUCUCCGGUGCUUCCCCACAACGGUUCACCAGCAGGUCCGGAUGGUUUUCCGACACCAGUGGACAGAGAAGCGGGGCAGCGCGAAGUCAAAAGCCAGGUGGAGGAAAACAGUGCAUGCUCGGGAUCCACAGAGGGAAAACCACGAGACAAGCGUGGUUAUCACGAGACAGGUGGGAGUCUGUUGGCCGUUGCGCGAUUCGCGGGACGAGGGGGCCGGUUGCUUCUAGGCGCCAAGGGCCUCAGGGUACCUCGCAUAAAUCUCCACAACCCAUUCAAGAGACAGCCUCGGUGCAAUUCCUCGGCAUUUGACCUUGGUCAUCGCAAGUUUACGGACUACGACGGAAGCUCAGUGAGAACUGCGAACGUCGUCAGCGGAAACAAGGGAAACGGGGCAUUUCCCGAGAGUGGAAGAGGCGAGAUGAGCCGGAUCGAGUGUCCAGCACGUGAAUCUCAGGAGUUGCCUGCCGAUGCAGCACCUCUAAAGAGUCCCACGCCCCGGGAUCGGGCUACCCGUAGGCCCAAAGAAGGCUCAGCUGCGCAUAACACGGGCACUUCGCAGCCGGCGUGCUCUGUAGGUGAGGGGGAGCCUUCGUUUGCCGAGACGGGUUCAUCAGCUAUUGUGGGUACAGCCAACGAAGUGGGGGAUGUGCGCCUUUCGCUUCAGGCUGAGGUUGAGCCGCUUUCGCCGAUACUGUCUUUGUCGCAAUAUCUUCGUUCCGUGCAUCUGACCGCAGGGGUUGGAACGGCAGAGCGAGCAGCGAAUUCGCGUCCGCCUCUGUCGGUGAGUCGUCGGAAUCCUUCUUCCUCCUCGCAUGCAAAUGACGACCGCGUAGAACGGGACACGACUUUUUUUUCUGGAGCCCCACGCCGGUGGCGCCGGUCCUGGUCUUGUCCAGACUCAAAUACGACCACGCGAGCUACCCAUACGGGAGCGUCACUUCCCGAGCUGCUUCUCAGAGAAGGCCUUCCCACUCCAUUUCUCGCGCCGGCGCCAGCCACAUUUCACCUCAACGACCCAAUAAGCCUUUGCAAAUCUCUCUCUUUCGCACUUGCGUUGGAGCGCGGCGCCUCGGGUGUUCGCGCAGCUCCCCUGCCCAGGUGGGAUGCGUCAACAUCCGGAUAUUUAAGUGACAGUUUGCUGGAGAGCGCUGGAGUCAGCAAGGCAGACUGGCGGCCUCGCGGUGCAGGCGAAAUCGCUUCGUUUCAAUAUGAGGGCCUUCUGGGCCGUUGCCUUCGAGGCGGAGCCCAACGCAGUCUGUCUGGAGGAGCCUUGGUGAGGAGGGACCCGAUCGACGACGGCGCUGGGCGAGUCGCGAGGCCGAUGGACGGGGACGAUUUGCAGGCACGAGUUUAUGUUUCCGUUCCACAUUUAGCGAUGCCCGAUGUCAUUCUGAAGGACUGGACGGGGAUGAUGGAGCGUGCAAACGACAAGGCGCGCCAAGGGCAGUCGGCAGAGCCGGAAGACGCCGGCGCAGACGAUUCACACUCGUGGGACUUGCCAAACCUACCGUUGUAUGCAGUCAGCGCGGCAGCGGAGUCCUCCGACAACAGAAAAGGGGACCCAAAGGUGAAUGAGUUACACGGAGGAGGGAAUCAGGGAGCGCGCGCCACUGCCGGGAGGCCGGCCUGGGGGACCAGCAACGCAGGCGGAGCAGGGCAGGCCAAAGGGCCUGUUCCCCGUGAUUUCUCCGUUGAUAUCAGGAUGAGCAGAGGACGCAGCAGCCAACAUAGCUCCCAAGGCCUCCGCGUCAACAAGGGUCCUGGUGGGGUUUUCUGGCGACGAUUGCCUUCCUUUCGAGGCUCCCCUGAGGGGGGCGUCGAGCAGAGCGGGUGGCUUGCGAAACUCGACUUAGUCAGACCUAUUGUGGAGAAAAAGCAUGGCGGGGCCCGCGGCUUCUUUGCGCGGCUGUUCCACCCUGUGCUCGCCAUGGCUUCAGUCAACCGGUGCCCCCUCAGCGAGCUGACAGAUGCGCAUCUGGGCGCCCCUCCCGAGAUCGCGUCUGCACUGGAAAAAGCGACAAUUCCAUUUGGCGACCUCUUCGCAGAUCCUGGAGCCCGUCAGCAGGUUUUCCCUGAUCUGUCGCCGCCGCCGUUUCUUUUUCCGUCUUCUUAUCCGCCUCUCAUGUUCGAUGGGAAGACCAGUGGACCGGCGCCGCAGUGGCCUUGGGGCCCAGGGAAAGGCUCUGCGAUGGUUUGUAUGACGCUUGCUUUCAAGCGUCGGCUGCUCGUGCUUGUUCUCCCCUAUCACAAUGCGUUGGUCUCCCUGGCCUCUGCUAGGAAGUCUGCUGAGUCGUACGCUGCAGGCACUACAGACGCGCUUUCGAUGGUUGCGACCCGGGCGGCUUACGGCUUCGACUCUUCGUCUUCCUUCGCAGCUUCCGUCCUCCUGCCAGCGUUCUCUGAGGGAGUCUCCCGUCGAGAGUCUGUCUCUUUCUGUCGGAAGUCUGGAGCAUCAACUGGCUCCGGGGAGCGGGCGACCUCUGUCCCGUUGACUUCGUCCCCGCGCGCGGUGACUGCGGAUGGAGGGCCUUCCUCUGUGACCAGGGAAAGGGCGAAAUCUGGAACACUUCCGGCAGCUUCUCUCACGUGCUACCAGUCUCGUGAUUUCACCAGUGGUGGCACAGGGCUGCAGCCGUCUGCAGCAUUCGUCAGCCGGUUAGACGGCGAUUCGAAUAGGCGCGAGUCCGUCGACCUGAGCGAACAGCCAUGCCCUGAAUCUGCGUCGACGGAAAUGAGGGUGUCGUCAAAUGAAUAUUCACUCGGGUCUGGCCCGUGUCCAGAUCGUCCCUGUAGUGGCUCCCAGGUGCGAAAGACACUCUCUGACAACCAAAUGAAGUGUCGAGAAAGCGAAGCUUCCCGAGAGCGCGAAGCCGGGCACGGGAACGGCCAAGGCGGCGCCAGAGAUCUGACAACGACUGUGGUGGGGUGUGAGGGGGGACGAGACCGGAGCGUAGUCUCCGUUCGAACGAGGCCCUCUGAGCGCCAGCUUUUGGCGUCAUAUGAGGCUCCAUUUUCCUCUUUCUCAAAGUCCACAGGUGAUGUCAUUCAAGACGCCCCACGAGGAAAGGGGUGUCACGGUCCUGCAGUUACCAGAGCCCUUUCACAGCUGCCUCCGCUCAGUUCUGGAAUUCCUUCCACGGAUUUGCCUCCUGCCCAUGAUGUUCCCACAAACGAGCUUAGCGCGGAUCUCCAGGGAAAUUCGAAGAAAGUGUGUGAGACUUCUGGGAAAGACCGGGCAGCUAUGACACAGUCCCGACUGUCGCUGCCGACACUACGUGGGUGCUUUGCGGGCUUCCAUGCGCGGCCGCAAGCAGAGGAGCCGCGGCAGUCUUUGGGCGUGCAGGCUGAAGAGGCCCACCGGGGAAGAGUAUUUUCUGCGGAAGGUUUUGGGGCAGGAUGUCCCCUGCCUUCUAAUCUCGAGUCCACUUGUGCGGACGGCGUCCGAGAGAGUAGAGAGGGCCUGUAUGAAAUUGACCGAGGAGCGGAGAGAGAGCCAGGUGUAGCAGUCGACGUUGAGCCAUGGUCUGCUGGCGACAGUCAUGCGAGAGCCGGAGACCGAGGCGGCGCAGGAGGAACAGACAGUGCGGCUGCCGCUUUCCUCGACUGGAAAGUUCUCUUCUCCUUUCUCAGAGAGCAAGUUGCAUUUAACAAGGCUGCACAUGCCCUGAAGGCGCAACAGGAAGCUCACAGGCAGUGGGAGUUGCGGAAGGGUCUCGAAGACAGCAAAGAGGCGGAGUUGACGGAACAUGUUCUGCCUCACCUGAUUCGACACUGGGACGUCACUUUCCCCCUGACGGUGGUGGCAUCUCGGAGGGCUGCCGCUCUGGCUGAGACCAUUCGCUUUCUCCGGGGAAUGCAGCGCAUGGAGACCCGUUGGUGGUGGCGCCAGAAGGACAGACGCAGCUGCGGCUCUUCCUCGGAGCUUGACCCUGGGAUGAAGGUGGUAAACAGUGGCUUCUUGCCGGACGAGGCAGGGCUCUGCGGGUACCGGCGAGCGUCGACGAAGCAAAAUCCAAGCUCCCCUUCGAGAUAUUUCGCGCUGUCGGCUGCGACCCUUCCCUGGGACCCCCGCCUGAGGAACUGCGAGUCAGCAACCAGCUCGUGGAAGCGCUCUGGUGGCAGCAGUCUGAUAGAAGGCAGACAAGGCAGAAGCUCGAUUCGGCAAGAUAGCGUGGGUUUUUCCGUAGGAGAGGGCCCAAGCCACAAAGGAGAGUGUUCACGGGGCUGCCGAAGCGAAGAAGCCGGCAAACGUGGCGACGAGGCAGCGGCCGACCCAGGCGUUACACCUGAAGAAGAGCGGGCGAAAGCCGACGUCUGGGAAGCCUCUCGAGAGGACCGAGCAAGCGCUGAAAAAUCGCAAGGAAGUGGAGCCGACAGCAGCGGGUGGACGCGGGGAUGCAAUGCCAUCGCGCGAUUUGCAGCGCAGGGUAGUCGCUCCCAGCUGGCGUGGGGAUCGAAUCCCGCCGCCUUUCGGGGUCGCGAGGAAGGAGGCGAGAGGGGAGACGGAGCGAAGGUGCGGAACCUCGCACAGCCUGGGGGAGCAAGCGAACAGGAGGGCGGUCUCGACGACGACGCGAAACGAAGAGACACACAAACGGAUCCAAUGUAUCACCUGGUUCGCACAGACGAACUCGAGGAGCUCCGUGUCUCCGAGCAACUGCUCCGCCUCUGGCAGUCGGGGCUUCCGUCGAGUCUUCGCAGCUUUUUCUGGUCCCUCGCUCUUCUUGGACAUUCUCGCCCCGGUGAGUCUCUUCAUGAGAGACGACGGCCGUUCGCUGACAAUAUCGCAGUCCCGUGUCGCGGCAGCCUGCAAGAGAGCGAACCUUCGUCGAGGGAGGCGGACGGCAUGCGUCAACGCAUGAACGUUUCCGUUUCUGAUCCGACGGACGCGAGCCGAAUAGGGCGCCUGGACAAGGGGAGCGGAAGCGCAGAGCGCUUGGGUCCCCUCGGGGACCUCGCCACUCUGCGCGGAAUGCCUCAAGUCACCACGUUAGCGUUUGCCUACACAGACGCUGAAGAGGAAAGGUGGACGCAGGUCUACAGGGGCCUCCGGGCACGCGCGGACGCACUCAAACAGUACCCCUCAGAGAGGCGUCGCACUUGCGCAGAUUUUCCUUUUUAUCUGCAAGGUUCGCAUAACUUCGAUUCUUUCUCUUCGCCGCGUGGCAAGGGUCGCGAGUCCCGAGACUCGCGAGGAAGCCACGGGAAUGAGACCGCCCUUCGAGGGAGAGCACGGGGCGAGCAGGUGACUGGAAGUCCUGCCUUCGAGCGUGCGGAAGCGAGCAGAAGGCCCGCGACAGUCAGUCCGGUGGACAGGGAGAACCGGUUAGCCGGCAUUUCGGCAGAAGCGGAAAUUCUAAAAAUUCUCCCCGUGACUUCGAACUCCGGUUCGCGUUCUUUGUCCGCUCCCAGCCUGCCUUCCGGUUCUCGCUUUGCCUCCCCACGUUCUCCCAGAGCGUCAGACGCGCCGGUCGUGCGCCCUAAGGGUCAUCGCGAGCUGGGCCCCGAUGCGGGAGACACCCCAAAGGCGGUGGCACAAACAGGAAAGGCGUCUCGUCGGCUGGACGCUUUUGUCGACGGCGGCGCACGCGUACGCGGGAAGCAUUCUUACUUGGAGCUCUUCGAAUCCUCGUACGCGGCCGAAGCAGAGAGGCUCGGCAGCGACAUCGAUCUGGGAGUCUGUCGCUCGUCGAGCGUGUCCGCUCCCGCACCAGAUACUCCGGUGAGGCCUGGAGAAGCUCCCGUCCCAACGAGGGAAGGCGGCAGCCAGACGUGGCAGUCUGGGGAGGGAUGCGGAUGUACAGAGGAGAGCGUCUUUGCGUCACAUGGUGGGAUGCUGUCCAUCAGCGAUGUUGAUAUUAAAAGUGGCCAAUGUGUGACGGAAUCGACGGCGGGCUCUACCGCGACGCGCGUUGGCAAACGGUCCGCGAGCUGGGACCACAAUCACCAGGAAAAGGACACCGGAGACGGCGCGGCAGCUGGUCAGCUGGACGCACAGCUCGCUCCCUGUCACGUCAGGCCUGUCACCUCGCCUCGCGAGGCCCGCAGGGGGCAACAGUCAGCGUGCCAGCGGCACGGCGAUUCUGUGUAUGUCUGUGAGGGGGGAGCGAGAGGAAGUCCGCGAAUCAAAGACAGUGCCACGAGGCAGCAAGCGCCCGCAGACUCUCUCAAGCUCGCAUCUGCACCUUUGGAGGACGGGAACGCUGGUCGAAGGUACUCAUGCUCACGCUGUGUUGAUGCAUGCAGCUGCCAGCAAAGUUCAGCGGCUGAUGCAGCUCUAGCUCAUUUCCGCCGGUUGGAGAGAGACAUCGCGGGCACAUAUCCUCUUCUCCAAAUGCUGCCUGAGGGGAUAGCUACGGCGGAGCCUCUCCUCAGCGCGGGCUCCGCUUUCGAGUUGCUUGCGUCUCUAGACCACCCCAAUGGGGCGUGUGCAUGCGGCUUCCGCGUCUGGGGGGGAAACCCAAGUUACGAAAUGCCGACUUGUUCUGUUUCAUGCAGCAGCAAUGACACCUUACAGGCAGGCGUGUGCGACGCAAGACGCCGGGGCGAAGGCGGCCAGUGGAAGCAAAGCAGCGACGGGCUUCAUCCUUCUGACGGGUUCGCCUUCCCCUUCGGCCAGCCCGGUCAGGCGCCCCUCUGCGCUGCAUGCUGUAGGUGCCGUAGAUGCAGCCCUUUGGACUCUCGAGAGGGUGACGCCGAAAGGCAGACUGCGUGGGAGACUGGCGGCGAGGUUGGGGCGAGGCGACUCAUAGAGCCGACAACAAUGGAUAAGAGCGAGCAACCGGAUGAGGACGUGAAAGCGAGUGCCUGCACCAUUUCUGAACAGCCAGAGUGCCACUCCAAUCGGUCAGGAGACUGUUCUGUCGCUAGGCACGACUCAAAAGCGGCAACAGAGGCAAACGUUGCGGACACCACACGAAAUCUCUUGCUCGCGUCUUUCCGUGUGGGCGAUCCGUUCGACGAUUUCAAUGAGACCUCAUCUCGUGGAUAUCCCCACUCGCAUGAAAACGAACUGCAGUUCGCCGCACCUAGUGCGCUGUCCACCGAGGAUUGGCAAGUGCAGCCUACGACAGCGACCAGCGACUGUGUACCAUCUAGAGAGGCCAUAACAGCUUGCGACAGAGACAUCUUGUUGGCGAAGCAGGGGAGAGAAGGGCCACAUUCCGAGAGCGACUUUUUCCGCGGGAGUUUUUCCCCAGACACGAGCGCACUGGAACAACGAAGAGACCUGGACGGCGCAUCCAGUUGCCUUUCUGGCAAAACCUCCUCAGGACGAAAGAGCAGUCACAGGAGAAUGUACUGCGUUUGUCCGCGGUGUUCUAUUGGCGCUGGUAUCGCCGACGUUGUGGAAUGCGUUGUGCUGCACAUGCCCACGGUGGGUUAUGUUCAAGGCAUGGCAGGCAUUGCGGGAGUUCUUCUCUUUUUCAUGGAGCGCGAAAGGGCAUUCACCAUCAUGGUUCAGCUACUGCAGCUGCAUCCUCUGCCGGACUUCUUCAUGCUGAGCUCUUUAGGAAAGAGAACGCUGCGGCAUCAUUUGUCAGCCUUCAAGCGCUACUUGGCGGCCUUGCUGCCGGAGUUAUCAGAGCACUUCACCAGUCUUCACUUGUCGCCUUCUUUCUACCUGCUCCCUUGGGUCUUGUCUCUGUUCACGUCUAUCCUCCCUCUUCAUAUCGUCGUUAGAGUUUGGGACGGCCUCCUGCUCGCGGACGGUGGGCGAGAUACACUCUUUCAGAUCGCGCUUGCAAUUCUGCACUACUACGAUGAAGCAUUGAGGAGACGCUCCUUCGAGGGCUGUGUCGUCCUCCUGAGUCGCCAAGACUGUCCCUCGGGGUCAAAAACAUCCGCUUUCGACGAAUGCCGUUUUUUCGCAGGCCUGAGAUGGGUCGAAGCUCAGUGGCCGGAGAGCGAAGAGGCUUUGGUUGUCCCUUGAGCAGCGCACGCAACAGGAGACGAAUGAAGCCGACCCAGUAUAUGUCACCGCGGGCUCUGAAGAGCGGGUCCGAACCUCCCCCUCCCCCGACCCCCUUUUUCGACGGUGCUUGCCAGGGUGAUAUUCGACUACGUCAACGCUCAGAUGCAGCUAUAAAGUGUGUUGCGGCAUUUCUCGCCAGCGUGCGAGUUUUGGAAUAUUCAUGUGUCACCGUAACCGUGUCUGCAGCAGUAGGGGGAUCUGUGCCGAGUUCUUAUCUAUCAUGUGGAGCUUCUGAACGACCCAGAAGUGGAUAAAACGAUAGAGAGGCGUAAACAGUUCUCAGGAACUUCUGCAAUUCUGAAGCGGCACAGUGUGUGUUGUGACAAAGGCUGUUACUAGCAGUGGAAUUUUACAGCAACUCUACCAGCGGCUUUUUUGUUCAUGAAAGAUGCGUGCUCUUUCAGGUAUUAGGUAAUUCUAAUUUUCUUCCCCGUAUGUGUGUCUGAUCGGGGCGAGUACCGCGUCGAAUUUCUCUCUCCGACCUCUAGGGUAACGAGACGCAGGUAUACCUCCCCUGUGAAGAGUUCCUCCGGGGAAAGAUCCAUAAAGUAGCUCGUGCGUUACAAGUGUUAAGAGGAAUGACUUUUCGACACAGAGACACAA